AUGGGCUCGACGCACGAAACAGACCUCAUCCUCACCCAGCCGACGCCGGCCGAGCGGGUCAAGACGUACACCUCGACGUACACCCACUGGGGCACUGCCCUCGAGCUGGAAGCGUACAUCCGCCGCGAGGAGUACAUGACCACCGUCCCCGUGAGCCGCAACGGCGGCAUCACGCAAUGGAUCCUCACCGACCCGUCCCUCCCGCCCGACGCCCGCCCCAUUCUCUCCUCGUGCGAGAGCAUCCGCAAGCCCGUGCUUGUCGCCCGACCCGAUGGCACCGUCGUCGAGGCAAUCACCCAUGCCGUCGGCUCCGUCUUCACCGACCCGGCCCACCGCGGCAACGGGUAUGCCUCCAUCAUGAUGGACAUGAUGGGGUCGACGCUCGCGCGGUGGCAGGGCGCCGAGAUGGCCAAGGGCGAGAAGUGGGGCGACAUCCGCGACGGCGAGGUGGCCUGCUCGGUGCUGUACUCGGACAUUGGCAAGAAGUUCUACGCCAAGCACGGCUGGCACCCGUACGAGAGCACACACCUCGACUUUCCGCCGCAGAAGGCGGCCGAGGGGGAGCUGCCGCGUGAGGCGGUGCCGUUGGGAUACCACGAGCUGGCGGAGCUGUGCGCCGUCGACGAGCGGUUGCUCCGCGCCAAGUUGGCCCAGAAGAGCGACAAGACACGGGUGUCGCUGCUGCCGGACAUCGACGCCAUGUUGUGGCACCUCAUGCGCGAGGAUUACAUGACGAAGCACAUCUUCGGCAAGACGCCGACGGUACGGGGCGGCGUGGUCGGGGAGCUGGGCUCGCGGGUAUGGGCGGUUUGGACCAGGGGGUACUACGGCGGGUUGAAGAAGCCCGAAGGGAACACGAUGCAUAUUUUGAGGCUGGCCAUUGAGGACGAGACGAGCAGCGACCAGUUUGUCCAGGAGGCCAUAGUAGCGCUGCUGAAGCUGGCGAGGGCAGAGGCGGCCGAGUGGAAGGUGAAUAACGUCGAGAUGUGGAAUCCUGAUGCCAGGGUCAGGGCCCUCAUCGAAAAGGCGGGCGUCCCGCACGAGUUUAUCGAAAGGGAGAGAGACAGCAUCGCGAGCUUGAUGUGGUAUGGCGAAGGAGAGGUCGAAUGGGUUCUCAAUGAGAAGUUUGGCUGGUGCUAA